AUGGGCAGGACCGUCGACGCAGCACGGAAUACCGUACUGAGUGAAGAACGAGUCUACGAUUCAAGUGACGAAGACGAAAAUGAAGUCCCAUCUGAGCAGGAAACCGCAAUAUCAAAGUCGAAAUCAUCCCCAUUGGAGGCUCUAAAUGGGAUCGAUACCGACGAGGAAGAGGAAACGGAUGAAGAAGAACCAGGAGUCGAGAAGUCAAGCGAAGAGAAUGGGGAAGAUGACUCAGACGAGGACUCAGCGUCAAGUUCUUCGUCUAGCCGAAAGAGACGGUCCCCAGAAACUCCAGAGAUUCCAUCCAACAAGAAAGCUAGGACUGCUACCAGGGACAAAGUCAGCAUCCCUCCAAAGCCCUUCAAACCGCCGAAAGGCUACGAACCGCUCACGUGGUCGGCAUCGGACUUUGCAUCCGACAUGGAUCUGUUUGGCGAUUUGUCCAACAAGCAAAUUUGGCACAUUUCUGUACCCGAGUCAGUCUCCAUCGACUCCAUCAAAGAGCUCGACAUUGAGGCGGUGCUGAGAGGACGACCGAUCCUGAGCCGGAAUGGCGUCGACUACGGCAUGCACGCUCUACCGUCCAAGGACAAUGUCAUUCUCCUGCCUCGCGGCUCUGACGCAAAGUACAAACAAUGCGCCAGGAAGAUUGAAAGGAGCUUCUCCAUGCGAGAGGUUUCCAAAUCCCAGUCAGUGGGAGAUACGCCGGCGGUCUUCACGGCGACGCAGACUGGCGCGCCCAAACAGAUCCGAAAACAACCCGAAGGACUCAAGAUGCGGUAUAUGCCUUAUGGAGUCUCUCCCACACAAGAGGAUAGACCAGAUGAUGUGGAGAUGCGUGAUACAUUGCAAGUUCCACCCGACUUCGACGACGAGGCGUCGUCUCCCCCGGCACAGUCUAGAAAAGCGCGACAGAAACAGACCAAUGGAGAAGCAGGCAACGAAAAGAGUCCGGAGAAGAAGCUGCGGAGUGCAGACACGCCAGCCUCGAGCGAGAAGAAGAAGAAAAAGAAGCGGAGGCUGGCAGAUGAGUAG